UGUACCGGUGGUCGAGCAGUCCUGCACAGAAGCGGGAUUUUACGGAGCAGAGAAACACUGCUGAGGAUGCGGGGGAACUGCAGGAUGCUGCUCCCGCACAUGUGCAGCAGCAGCUGCUUCCUUCCGCUCUGGAUCUUCGUCGGCUUGAAUGUGGUGGUGGAGGUGGCGGGGUCCCAGCAAGGGAUCCCUCUCUCAGUCGUGAAGCUUUGGGCCUCCGCAUUUGGUGGAGAAAUUAAAUCAAUUUCAGCAAAAUAUUCUGGAUCUCAGCUCCUGCAAAAGGAGCUGUGGUCCAUCACAGCACCACGGGCCAACUCCAGUUCUGAGGCCGGUCCCCCAGUCAAAGGCAGCAGCAGAAAGCGGCUCAUGGCUCAAAACCCAGGAUCAUCUUGCCCUGAGAAACGUAAAGAAUUUGAAAAGUCCGUCAGGGUUGAAGAAAUUGAUGGCGUGAAACUGGUUAAAAACCUGGCUGUGAGGAUGGAGGAAAUGUUCCAGAAAAAAGCUGAGGCUACAAGGCGGCUGGUGGAGGCAGCGGAGGAGGCGCACCACCAGCAUGAGGAAAAUCCUGACCUGCAGUAUGAGUACUUCAACGCUGUGCUGAUCAAUGAAGUUGAUGAAGAAGGCCACAACGUGGAGCUGGGAGGGGAGUUCAUCCUGAAGCCUAAUGACCAUUUCAACAACCUCUCAGUCAACCUGAGCCUGAGUGUGGUGCAGGUGCCCACCAACAUGUACAACAAAGAUCCGGAUAUAGUGAAUGGAGUAUACUGGUCUGAGGCCCUCAACAAAGUGUUUGUAGAUAAUUUUAUAAGAGACCCAACUCUUAUCUGGCAGUACUUUGGGAGUGCCAAAGGUUUCUUCAGACAGUACCCUGGUGUAAAGUGGCACCCAGAUGAGCAUGGUGUCAUCGGGUUUGAUUGCAGAAAUCGAAAGUGGUACAUCCAGGCGGCCACAUCUCCAAAGGAUGUGGUGAUCCUGGUAGAUGUUAGUGGAAGCAUGAAGGGGCUGAGGCUGACCAUAGCCAGACAGACUGUUUCCUCAAUAUUAGACACACUGGGAGACGAUGACUUUUUCAACAUAAUUGCAUACAAUCAGGAGGUCCACUAUGUGGAGCCUUGUCUGAAUGGUACUCUGGUCCGGGCAGAUAGAACCAACAAAGACCAUUUCCGUGAACAUCUGGACAAGCUGUUUGCCAAAGGGAUCGGACUGCUGGGUGAUGCCUUGACGGAAGCGUUCACAAUCCUGAGUGAUUUUAAUCAGACGGGGCACGGCAGCGUGUGCAGCCAGGCCAUCAUGCUUGUGACUGACGGGGCUACCGAAAUGUACGAUGAUGUUUUUGAGAAGUACAACUGGCCAGAAAGAAAAGUAAGGAUAUUCCCCUACCUUAUUGGACGAGAGUCUGCGUUUGCUGAUAACCUCAAAUGGAUGGCUUGUGCCAACAAAGGAUAUUUUAGCCAGAUCUCCACUUUAGCCGAUGUUCAGGAGAAUGUGAUGAGAUAUCUUCACGUUAUGAGCCGUCCAAAAGUUAUCGAUCACGAGCAUGACACAGUGUGGACCGAAGCGUAUGUGGACAGUGCUCUUUCUCAGGCUCAUAAGCUAAAUGACAAAUCAGGUCCUACUCUGACAACGACGGUAGCCAUGCCUGUCUUUAGCACAAAGAAUGAAACAAAAAACCAGGGUAUUCUGUUGGGGGUCGUAGGAACAGACAUCCCUCUGCAGGAGUUGAUGAAGCUCAUCCCAAAACAUAUGUUAGGUAUCCAUGGAUAUGCAUUCGCCAUCACAAAUAAUGGCUACAUUCUGAUUCACCCGGACCUCAGGCCUCUGUAUCAGGAGGGUCAGAAGAGGAGGAAGCCCAACUACAGCAGUGUUGAUCUCUCUGAGGUGGAGUGGGAAGACAAGGAUGACUUUCUACGCAAUGCUAUGGUGAACAGAAGGACGGGGACUUUCUCCAUGGAGGUGAAGAAGACUGUGGAUAGAGGGAGGCGGGUGCUCAAGAUGCACAAUGACUAUUACUUCACUGACAUCAAAGGAACUCCAUUCAGCGUCGGAGUAGCUCUCUCAAGGGGUCAUGGGAAAUAUUUCUUCAGAGGAAAUGUAUCCAUCGAUGCAGGGCUGCGUGAUUUGGAACAGCCAGAUGUCGCCCUGGCAGAUGAAUGGACUUACUGCAACACAGAGGAGGACCAUGAGCACCGUCACCUGACCCAGAUUCAAGCCAUCAAGCUCUUCAUGACGGGCCGCAGGCCACACCUUAAAUGUGACAGAGAGUUAAUCCAGGAGGUGUUGUUUGAUGCUGUGGUCACUGCUCCACUGGAGGCCUACUGGACUGGACUGGCUCUCAACAAGUCAGAGAACUCAGACAAAGGAGUGGAAAUUGCUUUCCUGGGCACACGUACCGGGCUGUCUAGGACCAAUCUGUUUGUACCAGCCGAUCAGCUCUCCAAUCAAGAUUUCCUAACCGCAGAAGACAAGGAGGGUGUGUUUAAUGCUGAUCACUUCCCCCUGUGGUACAAACGUGCAGCAGAACAGGUCCCUGGGACAUUUGUCUACUCCAUCCCCUUCAGCACAGCUUUAGAAAACAAGAGCGUGGUGUUGGCCAGUACAGCUAUUCAGCUCCUCGAUGACAGAAAGUCACCGAUUGUUGCUGCUGUCGGCAUCCAAAUGAAGCUUGAGUUCUUUCAAAGGAAGUUCUGGACCGCGUGCAGACAAUGUACAGCCCUGGAUGGAAAAUGUAGCAUUAGCUGUGAUAGCGAGGAUGUUAACUGCUACCUCAUCGACAACAAUGGCUUCAUUCUUGUUACAGAAGAACAGUCUCAGACAGGGCUCUUCUUUGGGGAAGUGGAGGGGGCUGUUAUGAACAAACUUCUUCAAAUGGGGUCCUUCAAAAGGAUAACUCUGUACGACUACCAGGCCCUUUGCAGAGAGUACGCUGGUAGCAGCGACAGUGCGCGCACUCUAUCAGAUCCUUUUUCUGUGGUGAGGUGGCUCCUGACUGAACUUGUCAUCUUCCUGCUGGAAUUCAACUUGUACAGUUGGUGGAACGUUGAUCUCUCUGUUAAAGCUCAAAGAUCUCGGGGUAAAACCACGAUGGUGCCAUGUGAUACAGAGUACCCUGCCUUUGUCUCAGAACGCACAAUUAAAGAAACAACGGGCAGCAUUGAAUGUGAUGGCUGUUUAAGAUCUUUUGUCAUACAGCAGAUUCCUAGCAGCAACCUCUUUAUGGUUGUCGUGGACAACAAGUGUGACUGCAGCAGUGUUCCUCCUGUUACCAUGGAUCCCAUAGAGAUCAUCCUUGACACCUUUGAACACAACGAGUCACUAAAAUGUGACAGACUGAAGUUUCAGAAGGACAGAAAGAAGCCAGAGUCGUGUCAUCCUUUCCACCCUGAGGAAAAUGCCAUGGAGUGUGGCUCAGGAACCCGCCUCUCCAGCGCUCUAACGGCAGCCGUGCUACCUCUAAUAGCAGCAACGGUCAGCAGGUGACCAUGAGCAGCAGAGCUGGGGAUCAGUGAAAACUAACUCAACAAGAAGAUGCUUAGAGACAGAUAGAGAACAUCUCCAAUUAGAAAGAAUUGUGUCAUACCUCUGCAGCAGGCAUUACUCUACUGGGACAAAGUCUUUUUCAGCGGCACCCAGACAUCUCCAUUAAUGCAGAAAAAACUAAAUUAUAUGAGAAUAAGGGCGAGCUUGGCGUCUUUGCUCAGUGCUUUGUAGAUCACUCCACUGACAGUUUGCCACGUUAUUCUGAAUGUGUGCUGAAUCAAGUAAAAUAAGAACAUACAAAGUGCUGACGUCUAAACAUGUUCAUUAUGCAUAGGAUGAUAAUAAAGACAUAGAAUAGUUAUUUAUUUGUUUCGAGUGAAAAAAUGAAUGAAUGAAAAUGCACUUUUGUGAGAUAGAAAAAAAGAAGAAGGAUCUAUAUCACUUGCUGUAAAACUCAAAGGACAAUUUACAUUGUGGCUUUAUAUUUUUGAACUAUUUUGUGUUUAUUUUGUGACUACAUUCCUUUCAUGUCAGCCAAGAAUCAUUCACACAAAAUGCUAAAGAAAAUGGGAACAAUAUGAUGAUUGUGAUGCAUUGUGUCAGUUUGUCUUCAUUUCCAAUAACAAUACAUGAGAAAAGAUGCAUGAUGAAGGUCCAGCAGAGUGUUUGAAGAAGUUCCAUUGAUGUGCUCGGCCACAAUUUGUCAAAACGUCUAAACAGUCUUUAUCAUGUGUCUAGAAAAGCUGAUAAUUAAACACAAAGAAAUAUUUUUCCUUCAUUUGCACUCAGAGUUAUUUUCUGUUUUGUGUGUUAGCGUGUUUUUGUGCGCGUGUGUUCGUGUUUAUGUUACGUAAUAAAGACCUACUCUGGUGACAUCACUUAACUUGUUGGGACCUGUAGUCCUUUAGGUUUCCACUGCUGGGUAACUAUUAGGUGGAAUGUUAUUUCUGGUGUUUAUGUGUGAGGUCAUUGGGUGGAGUGGAUGCCGUUAUUGGUAGAAGAGACCAAAGUGAUUGUAGAAUACAUUAAAACUGAAACAACAUUUGGCGCAGUAUAGAUACAGAAAGCAAAAGUAUUAACACAUUUACCAUCAAGCUGUAGUUUGAAAC